UCAUAACGGGGAGUGUCCCGGGCCAGAAUAAACAGCGGCUCAUCUCUCCGCCGCCACGCCGACUCGACGCCUCUCUGCUCCCGCUGCAGCUAGAAGCGCUCACCGCGGCUCAGUAAAGUCCACACCACUCCGUGUGCCCGUGCUCUAUCACAACCUACACGCUCAGGCACAAUGGCAGCGCACCACCCCCAGUUCGAGCAGGCCGGACAGAAGCCGGGCCUCCAGGUGUGGAGGGUGGAGAAUUUUGACCUGGUACCCGUUCCUGAGAACCUGUACGGUGGAUUUUACACCGGCGACGCCUACCUCAUCCUCAACACCAUCAAACAGCGCUCAGGAAACCUGCAGUACGACCUUCACUUCUGGUUGGGUGAUUUCUGUACCCAGGAUGAGAGAGGCUCGGCGGCCAUCUUUACAGUCCAAAUGGACGAUUUCCUUGGGGGGAAACCUAUCCAGUAUCGUGAAGUCCAGGGACACGAGUCCAAAACCUUUCUUGGCUACUUCAAGUCUGGAAUCAAAUACAUGAAAGGGGGCGUGGCUUCUGGGUUCAAGCAUGUUGUCACUAACGAGGUGACCGUGCAGCGGGUGCUCCAGGUCAAAGGCCGUCGUGUUGUCCGGGCAACGGAGGUGCCAGUCAGCUGGGACAGUUUCAACCAGGGAGACUGCUUCAUCCUGGACCUGGGAGAUGAGAUUUAUCAGUGGUGUGGCUCCCAGAGCAACCGCUUUGAGAAGCUAAAGGCUACUCAGGUCGCCAAGGGUAUCCGUGACAACGAGCGCAGUGGACGGGCUCGGGUUUAUGUCUGUGAUGACGGGGCAGAGAGAGAGAAGAUGUUAGAGGUGCUGGGUCCCAAGCCAGAUCUGCCUGCCGGAGCUUCUGAUGACGUCACAGCUGAUGCUUCAAACAGGAAGAGGGCAAAACUCUACAAGGUGUCCAAUGCCAGUGGAGGGAUGACCAUCACUUUGGUGGCAGCAGAGAACCCGUUCGCUCAGAGCGCCCUGGAAUCUGGUGAAUGCUUCAUUCUAGACCACGGCUCCGAUGGAAGGAUCUUCGUCUGGAAAGGCAAAGAUGCCAACAUGGACGAGCGAAAAGCGGCCAUGAAAGCAGCAGACGAAUUCAUCAAGAAGAUGGGUUACCCCAAACACACUCAGAUCCAGAUCCUGCCAGAGAUGGGAGAGACGCCGCUCUUCAAGCAGUUCUUCAAAAACUGGAGGGAUAAAGAUCAGACAGUGGGCCUGGGCGUGGCCUACAUCGCUAACAGCAUCGCCAAGAUCGAGAAGGUGCCCUUUGACGCCUCCAGCCUGCAUGACUCUGCCGCCAUGGCCGCCCAGCACGGCAUGGUGGAUGACGGCAGCGGAGAGAAACAGAUCUGGCGUAUUGAGGGGUCUGACAAGGUGCCAGUGGAUCCAUCCACAUAUGGACAGUUUUACGGAGGAGACAGUUACAUCAUCCUUUACAACUACCGUCACGGAGGACGUCAGGGACACAUCAUCUACAUGUGGCAGGGCAUGGACUCCAGCCAGGAUGAAAUUGGGGCCUGUGCGAUCCUCAGUGCUCAGCUGGAUGAAGAGCUCGGCGGUGGUCCUGUGCAGGUUGUUGGUGCUCCUAUAACCACUCAGGUGAGGGUGGUGCAGGGGAAAGAGCCAGCCCAUCUGAUGAGCAUGUUUGGAGGACAGCCCAUGGUGGUGUACAAGGGAGGAACGUCCAGAGAAGGAGGUCAGUCUGCUCCUGCAGAGACUCGACUCUUCCAGGUGCGCUCCAACUCUGCAGGACACACCAGAGCCGUGGAGCUUGACGCAACGUCGUCCCAGCUGAACUCCAAUGACGUUUUUGUGCUGGUGACCCCCGGAGGCUCCUUCAUGUGGGUGGGAGUGGGUGCCAGUGACACAGAGAAGCAGGGAGCGCAGCAGCUGUGCGACAUCCUGGGAGCGUCGCCCUCCGAGCUGCCUGAGGGAGGGGAGACUGAUCAGUUCUGGGAGGCUCUGGGAGGAAAGGCAGAAUAUCGCACUUCCACCAGACUCAGAGACAAGAUGGACGCUCACCCACCCAGACUCUUCGCCUGCUCCAACAAGACUGGAAACUUCAUCAUUGAGGAGGUACCUGGGGAGAUGACCCAAGACGACCUCGCCACAGAUGAUGUCAUGAUCCUCGACACCUGGGAGCAGGUGUUUGUCUGGAUCGGAAACGAGGCCCAAGAAGAAGAGAAGACUGAAUCAAUGGCGUCUGCGGUCCGCUACAUCGAGACAGAUCCAGCAAACAGAGACCGCAGGACGCCCAUCGUUAAGAUCAAGCAGGGCUUCGAGCCACCCACUUUCACCGGCUGGUUCCUGGGCUGGGACUACGACUACUGGACCAGCGACCCCCUGGAGCGUGCAAUGGCUGAAUUGGCACUGUGAGAUCUCACCUGACCCUCCCUCAAUAUUAUCAGCCCUGACCUUUGACCCCCCCGCUCUGCUGCCAGCACCGAGCUCCUCUUAGAAGACUUUUUUUUUUUUUUUUUUACCUGCCAAAAAGCCUGAAAAAGUUUCUUUUUUACUUUGUGAUUAUAAGGGAUACAAGUCAGUGAAGCAGUGUUUUAAUCCACUUUGUCUCACGUGCUACAGUGAUGCCUUUAUACCUGUUAAGAAUCCGACCAGUAGAGCUUUAACAGACACAUAGACUACAGUACAGUCUGCUACUUUGAUUUUUACUGUAGCUAAUUUUCAUUUAUUUUAUAUGUUAACAAUACAACCUGUUCACUAGUGAAAUGAAAACUCACUGCCAAGGAAACAUCUCUUUUAAACAGCAAUACAACAGAUGCCUUAAUAUAUCUUUCCUUUAGUUUACAGUAAGCCUGCUUCUUCUUCUUUUUUUUUUAGAAAGGUACCUUUACAGGUAUGAUGUUUGUACCUUGAGUUUAGAUGCUUCUUGUAUUUAUUUUUGAAAAAAAAAAGAAAGCCAGAUAACUGCACAGGAUGUGAUGUUAUGUGAUGCUGCAACGGCCAACUGUAAAAGGAAAGCGACGCUUUGCUGCUUUACAACCCAGUUAUAUCUUCUGUGACACUUUAAGGUUUCCCUAAGCUUCGUUACUAUUUCAAUAAAGCCAAAUGAAACGUGAAAA